CUCGCAGUCCGGGAAACAGAGGGACACAGGAAUGGACACGGAAGGGAGUCAGAGCAGCCUGUCGUCCGUACAGGACUCCCCGCACGACCCCUGCAAAAUGUUCAUCGGCGGGCUGAGCUGGCAGACGACACAAGAGGGGCUGAAGGAAUACUUCUGUAAAUUUGGCGAGGUGAAGGAGUGUAUGGUGAUGCGGGAUCCGGUUACGAAGCGAUCGAGGGGGUUCGGAUUUGUCACCUACGUAGACCAGGCCGGCGUGGAUAAUGUUUUGGCCCAAAACAGACACGAGCUGGAUUCGAAAACUUGUUUGACGUGUACAGGUUUGGCAGAGGCUUGGCAUCAUAAGAUUGACCCAAAGGUGGCCUUCCCUCGUCGAGCUCAGCCGAAGUUGGUGACAAGAACAAAGAAGAUCUUUGUUGGAGGACUCUCUGUCAACACCACCAUUGAUGAUGUGAAACAGUAUUUCGACCAGUUUGGAAAGGUUGAUGACGCCAUGCUAAUGUUUGACAAAACCACCAACAGGCACAGAGGUUUCGGCUUUGUGACCUUUGAGAAUGAAGAUGUGGUUGAAAAGGUCUGCGAGAUCCACUUUCAUGAGAUCAACAACAAGAUGGUUGAAUGCAAAAAGGCACAGCCAAAGGAAGUGAUGUCACCGACAGGUACGGCACGGGGUCGCUCCAGGGUGAUGCCCUAUGGCAUGGAUGCAUUCAUGCUGGGAAUCGGCAUGCUGGGUUACCCAGGUUUCCAAGCCACUACCUAUGCCAGCCGUGGCUACACUGGAAUUACACCGGGAUACACCUACCAGUUUCCCGAAUUCCAUUUAGAGCGGGCCCCCCUUCUGACCUCCUCACACCAUCCUGAGAUCACAGCCAUUCCACUGACAGCCUAUGGACCAAUGGCAGCGGCCGCAGCUGCAGCGGUUGUCAGAGGCUCUAACCCCUCACGUACAGCUGGCUUCCUGGGCACCAGCAGUCCUGGGCCAAUGGCAGAACUGUAUGCAGCAGCCAAUCAGGAUUCAGGACUCAGCGGCUAUAUCAGUGCGGCAAGCCCCGCCCCCAGCACAGGGUUCGGACAUGGACUCGGGGGUCCUUUGAUUGCCACUGCCUUUACCAAUGGCUACCACUGAGGGGCAUCCAAUCAGCAUCCAGCAUGGGAGGAGUAACAGACAAGCUUGUGAAACGCGACCACUGCUGAUGACGGGACGAACCCAUGGGCGGCUGCGUUCCCUCCCGACUCCAUUCUGGAGUUAACGCCUUUUUCUCCACCUCAUUUCCUCCAUUCUCUACUAACAUAACCCUUUUUGUUUUCCUCAUCGCUUGUUUUAUUUCUGACGUGUAAUGUUUUGAGCGACUGGUUCAUGAUAUGCUGCCGUCUGUCUAUUGUAACAAAAAAAUGAAGAAGAAAAAAACUUUGUCAGAACAGUAAUUUUGGAUUGUACACGGGGAAACGCGCAAAGAAUUCCGUUUCCCUGGGGUUUAUUUUGACACGUUUUUUUUCACAUUUGUCACAAUGUUUUUGCUGACUGUAUUUUAUGUUUUUAUCGUACUCAUGCUGUAAGAAAUGGAGUGAUGGAGAGAAAGAGAGAGAGAGGGGAACAGAGAAACUAAACUGAAACGAUCGGGAUUUGUUUUCGUGACCUUUAUUGCGCGUAAAGGUUCCUAACAAAUCUAAACAACCAUGAACAAAUAUGUGAGAUUCAAAUUUACUAAACAAAGACGGGACAAAUAAUGUAUAUUUUGGUAGUUUUUAAAUACACAGCAUUUGUAAUAUUAUUCUGAACUGUUGAAAGGUAAAUCAUUUGCUUAUUAUUAUUUUAUUUUAUUUGUAAAGUUGGUGUUGACGUAAAAAAACAUUGAAUUUCAACACGAGCGGUGUACAUUUUCUGAAAAACCAUUCUUACACUAAGCGUGUUUACAUGUGCGAUUUUACGUGCAUGUGGUCAUGUAAACACCUUAAACGGUGUUCCUUUAUCAGGGUAAUAUCAUAAACGGUUUAAGCAUAAGCCGAUCUACACUGGUCGAUUUUUGGCCAUUACCCUGAUAUUGCAUUGCAUUGCAUUUACACAUUUUUACCAACAUUCUUACCGGUUUAUCCAAUGUGCACAAGUGUUGUGCGCAAGCCUGUUUAUGUUUCGACAUCAAAAGCACAGACUAUCCGAUUAUUUCAACUCUCUUGUAAACACUGUGUUCUUGCAUUGUCUGAUUUUUUGAAGAAGCUGAUUUUUGGUAGUUAUCAGCGUAUUGGUGUGCAUGUAAACGUGCUCAUUGUUGUAUAUAAGAAUGUUUUUUUUUUUUACAAUUUACAUUUGAAAUUCGUUCUGGUCAUGUUGAGACUUAAUGUUUGGUUUCUUUUUGUAGAUACUGUAUAUAUUGCAUGGAUUUUGGGAGGGGUCAUUGAACG